AGCGACAAAGACAACAAUCUACAUAUUAUAAUAGUAAUACACUUCAUAUCUGAUUGCAGGUACUGUAAUACAAUAUCUUGCACAUUUGACUCAGUUGUUUGAUUAACCGGAAAGACUUUACUGCUUCUGUAGACCGCAGUCCAGUUCACUUGAUCAUCAAUUCUAGAGUGCAUAUAUGAGUAGAACAGUCUGACACCUUAGGAGCUAUUUGACAUUAAGCGUUACUAAGGAGUGUAAACUUUUGUCAUUCGAAGUACAUUUUUGACAGGCAAAAACGCUGCAAUGGGCUUGAAUAAUACCGAUUGUGUGUUUUUCUAUAAUAUGUCUGGAUCUAACCCAAGUGAUCUUCUAUACACAGAUUGGCAAGAAACCGCCACAGAGAUUUUGAUGCCGAUCUUGUUGGUAUUUGGUUUAAUCACGAACUUCUCUUUCAUACUCAUGGUAUAUCGAGUACCAGACAUGCGAAUCACAAUCAAUAUGUAUCUCGUGAGCCUCGCAGUGGCCGAUGCCUCAUAUUUGAUCACGAGCAUCAGCGAUAGGCUAGUUACUUAUGCCAUCUCUCCAUUGUAUGGGGACGUUGGAAAUCGUGGUACUGCAGGUUGCAUACUACCAAGAUUCUUCACCUAUACGUCUGCUAUUGCGUCAGAAAUGCACAUAUUGGUAUUAGCUGUUGAGCGAUAUUACUGUGUCUGUAGACCACUGAAACGUCUUCUGACAUCUCUCUGGUUGGUCUCUGCGAUACUUUCUAUUAGCUUGACAGCACCUGCAUUUGCCAAUUUCAGACUUUAUUGCCUAGUUCAUUGGGAAAGCAAGUAUGUAGAUCCUCCAGAGACAUACGGAGAAUGUCACUCUAUUGGAUACACAGACGAGACAACCGAUAUUGAUAAUGUGGACAUUUACUUUCAUAUUACGCAAACAUUUGCAUUUUUUGCAUCAGUAAUAGUAAGUAACGUUUUAUACGUACUGGUUUUACGGCACUUCCAUAGGGGGAACGCGUCUUUACAAAAUCGUGGGAUGGCGCAGACGACACAAUUCCGAAACGAACAAAUAAAAAAAUACUUUAAUCGCAUGCUUUGCUUAAAUGGUUUGGUUUACUUCGUCCUCUUGGCACCAUUUAACAUUUCCUCUUUUCUUCACUUUGUGUAUACACUUAAAGGCCAAUAUAUACCUGUGGAGCCACAUGUAGACGAUAUAUUGAACACUGCAUUUCGUCUUCUACUCUAUGUCAAUUCUUGCAUCAAUCCACUGGUCUACGGUGCUUUCAACCCAAGAUAUCGUAAAGCCUUUGUAGUUGCGUGCUUACCUACAAGAUUUUCUAAAUGCUUAAUUAAAAACGCUGGACAAAGUAGGCAAAGACCACCAACGAGUGACAAAACAAACACCCUGACCAUGGAGAAUCUCACUACUGACAACAUGUAAUAAAGAAAGUGAUAAUGUAAUUCGAUUUCAAAGGUCUGAUGCUCUUGUUUUUUGGAAGACAGUUAAUACCGUACCACCUCAUUUCACAUGGGGGCCGCCAACGAUUGGGGGAAAAAACAAACAACAAAACAAUACAAAAUAACAAUCUCACCAUAGUGGAUCUCUCUACCUUCAACAUGGAUUGAAAAUUACAAUUUAAUUUGAUUUCAGAGGUCUGAAGGCCAAGCAGUCUUUAGAUACAUUAUGGUGUGUCUAGUUGCCCUCAACCCCUCAAGACAUGUGGGAUAUUCACGUCUAUUUACAAAUAACUUUUGCAUGAUUAUGAAUUUCUACGAGUGAUGGUUUUACGUCAGUUGCUCUGAGUAAAAAGCCUACGUCAUCAGCAAACAGCAGAAUUUUGUACGCAGACGAAAUAUAUCAACAAAUAUCCGAAGGCAGCCCACUAAUUGCUACAAUACAAUACUGAAUCUUUACAAAUCUAGAGAAAACGACAAAAUCAUGUUUUAAAGUUGUUGAACUUAUGAAUGACAAUGUACUGAACAGUUUAUCUGAGCUCUUCAAAAACAAAGAGUCCAUUAUAGCACAAGAAUCAUAAACUUCAUACACCAUUUGCUAGAACAGAAGACUAUUCUUUAUUACGGUUCUGGACUCUGGAACGGCUUACCCAACAGAAUUUGUAAAUGUAAUUCUCUCUUUUUAUUUAGCGUCCUCCAAAAUUAUUUGCUUUCAAAAUUUUACAGUCAUUUGUAGAAAAGUGAUUACUACACUCCACAAAUUACACCACAGUACAAAAUCAUCCAGGUCUUAGAUCCUAACGUAAAGUAUCAUCAUCAGAUGAAGAAUUGUUUACAAUUUAAAUAUCAUCUGCAGAUAAUAGGAUAGCUGUAAAAUUUAAGUAAAAUGAUCAGUAAAAGCGGACAUCAGUAACACCAUAAAGAAUGAGAAUAUUCAUUUAACUUCCUUCAAAAAUAUAUUUAAUAAUUUUAAAUAAGAAUAAUUUCUUCCGUUUACCUAGAUACUUGAUAUUGCUGUAAUUUUCUGAUACUGUAAUUGAUUUUUGAAAUUAAGUAGAUUAGGCGAAAUAAAAAAAAAAUACUGUG